UAAUUGAGACCUUUGAGAAAGUAAAUUUAACAAUAUCAUUCAGGUCCUCGGGGUAGUCCCUUUGACGCUUUUCAAAAAUUUGGAGCUGGCAUGGACCCUAUGAGGUACAGGUAUUUGCACGUUAGCCAUCCAAAAUUUAGCCAAGUGUCCUCUUUAUUUGUGUUUCAGCAUAAGGGAUCAAGAAAAUCUUCUGUCGUUCCUUUAAAGAAGCGUAAAAGAGGAUCGACGUUUAAUGAGACGACCAUAACAAAGCCUGUUCAACAGGUGCAAAAUUCUGAGCCCCGUUCAUUUCAAGAAUUGUCAUUAAAGGAUUUCUUACCAAGUUCCGAAGAGAAUAUUGUAACACCAAUUCCUGAGGAUAGGUCAUCAAACCAAAAUUCUGUUGAUGUCCACGUUUUCAACCGCACUGAAACGGAGGUAACAGGUGAAAAUGUUCCUCCCAAAAUCCUUAAUGUUGGCCAAAACACCACCGUUUUAGAAACAAGCGUUGAUCUCUCGUGUUUCGAGAAAUUAAAUCAUAAUCAGAUCUCAACUCCUAAGACAAGUAGAGUGUAUCCCUCUGCCUCUGGAAAAUUAGAAUCAAGGAGAGCACCUAAUAAUCUCGCUCAGCAACUUAAAGAAGGAUUCACGCCUGAUAAGGAAGCCAAGACGAACCCUACUAAGCAAGUACCAUCUGCUAAAUCUCAAGUAUCUAAAGAUGUAUCAUUGAAACAAUUUUUUACAACUUUCAAAAAGAGUGUUAAUUCUGACAUUGUUCUGCACAGCUCAUCGCAACCAGACACCGUUGAUAGACAAACUUCUCUGAAAGAUUUGAUCUCAAAUAAUGACUCUGAAAAUGAUAUAACUGCUUUAAGCGUUGGGCUAAAAAGCUGUAGUAAUCCCCUUAACAGAGCAGACGUAGAAACUCAUGCUUCUGAAAAAUUGGAAAAUAAUGUAAAUCGACUUCCUCCUAUUGAUGGAUCAUCACUAGGUUCUUCUGAAUUUAACAUUUGCAAACGCAAUGUCUCUCUAAAAGAUGCAAUUGUCAACUCUUGUCCCAACGGGGACUUGGGCGUGCAUAUUAUUCAAGUCAGUAGUACAGUCAGUUCUCAAUCAGUUCCAACAUUCUACACUUCUAAUACGAAUCCUAAAAUUUUUGCAACCAAUACAACAAUGCAGCAUAAUUUUUCAACAGCUGAAGUCAAAAAGGCAAGUGUCAACUGCUCUCCUAACGAGACCUGCGGCACAAAUUUUGGUUCACUCAGUUUUCAAUCACCUACAACAUCCAGUAAUCCUGAUACUAAUUGUCAGUUUGUUGAAAGCAAUGAAACAUCGCAGCAAAAUAUUUCAACAGCUGAAGCCGAAAAAUCUCAAAAUUCUCAUAAAUCCAACUCUCCACCUUCAUCAUUUAAUACAGAUGCACAUUCCAGCCAUCAACAUACACCAUGUACUGUAAAAAAUGUCACCAGACAAAGUUCUCCGCAACAAAAUCUGAGUGACACUCUGAGUUUUGACUCGCUUAGUGAGGAUUGGGUUAAAUCUCUAUUACAGGAAUCAGUUGAUGGUGAUGGAGUUAUCGAAUGGUUUCAGAGGCAUGGUUCUUUACCCGCAAGUAAGAAAAAUAUAUUAACCAAACUAGUAAUUCAUCAUGAACUAAAAAGUGAUCGCAGCAAAAUAAUCAUGCCCCAAAGGUUCUCUGCCAUGGCAAGAGCCAUCACUAAAUUCUUUCCAUGUGAAACAGAGGAGACGUACUACAUCCCUCCUCGCAAAAAUACAUUGAAUCAAACUUGCAGGGCUAAAGGAAAACUUUACAAUAAUUGGCUAAAUAAACGAAGAAUGUUCCGAGCGGAAAAUAUAAUAAUCGGAGGAAGAAAUCUGGAUCCGUUGCGGGAAUCAUCUGAUAGCGACAAUGAAGCUAAUGACGAUCAGUGUCCGGAGGAGGACCUAAGUUGGACGAAAAAUCAUUCUGAGCCCCUUGAGGAAGCUAUUGAGAAAUUUAGAGUCACUUGCUCCAAAAGAAUAAAAGACUUCAUUCGAAAAGUGGGAAAGAAGAGUAUUCUGGAAUUUCUGCUGCUAUUUCCAGCUUUCGGGAAAGAAACCGGAUUCGUUUUGAUUUGCAAAGAUUUCGAGACUAUUUACCCAGGAAAAGGUGAUCUACUUCUAAAAAAUUGGGACAAAUUUUCGACCAAGAUAAUCCGGCAUGCCUCAGUCUUAUGGCAACAAAGCAAAGAUUUUAAAAGGCUCAUUGAGUCUAUGAGGAUUAACUUGAAUGCUGAAG